CUGCAGAUUACCCGAGAAAAUGAAAAAAAUAAAAAUGCCAAAUAUGCAAUAAAAAUCGAAGGGUAAGGGGGGUUAGGGUGUAGGGAGCUAAUGAUCAUAUGAAAACCAAUAUCGAACAUGUAAUUAGAGCCUGAUUAUUCUAUUUCCAUGAUUAAAACUAAUAAGACAGAUGCCAGUAGUUUAAUUAUUUUCUCGUUCGUAUACCACCGCCUCGCAAAAUAUCGCCCCGCAACUUUGUUAAUGUCGGCAAAUAGACAUUGCUCUGAUUAGCUAGCGACUUGUAGUUUACAUUUUAUUAUAAGCGCUUUUGUUACCCUGCGCUAAGUUUUUUUGGCACCAAAUUUGAAAAUGGCGUCAUCGGGUCCGCUUUAUCCUGACCCAGGAGAUAAGAAAGAUAUUUCUCUUUGGAAUGAUUCCGAGAAAAUACAACUCAUAAAAACUGAAUGGACGGGUUCAGAAGAAUUCCAAUUCCCGUCAAGGUAAGCUAUUUAUUAUCUACUUUAGAUAUCCUUAUUGUAGAGCGCGCAAAUCCAAUUUGCGUCGAUAUUAUAUACUGUAUACCGGAAUGUUGAAAAUAGAAUAUAUUGCUUAUUAAUAGGAUGUGUUCUCAUACAUUAUGUACAUAUGAAGUUACGCAUGAUUAAUAAUAUUAUAUAUAACAUAAUAUUGCGUGAAGUGAACAUGCCUCUGUGGCUGUGAGGUUAGCGCGCUUGACUUGUAAACCAAGCGGUGCAGGUUCGAAUCCAGGAAGCAGAAUUUUCUUUUUUUUUUUAAUUAACCGCUUGAAUAGACAUUUAAGUGGACGUUAUGUUAAAAUUAUCAGAAGGUUUUUAUCGUUCUUUCAGACUUAUUAGUGGAAAACAAAGAAGAUUUAAUGCUAGAUGGCUCCGUCAAUAUCCAUGGCUCAAGUAUUCUGUGUCUUUGGAUGCCGUUUUAUGUGCACCUUGUCUGCUAUUUGACAACAGCAAGUCAAGGUAUUUUUCUUCACUACCUUUCAAUGACUGGAAGAACUUGUCCACAGCCAUAAGCCGCCAUGAAACUGACGAAUCCCACAAGGAUAGUAUGGUGAAGUCAGAAAAUUUUGUUGAUAUCUCCACAGGGAAGCAGGAGUCCGUAGUUAGCAAACUUUCAUCUUCUAUCAAGAAAACUGUUGAGAAUAACAGGUAUAUUCUGCGCCGUAUCAUAGAAGUUCUUUUGUUACUUGGAAAACAAAAUAUAGCAAUUAGAGGGCAUACUGAAGAGAACAGUAAUUUCAUGGUUAUCUUGAAUAGUUUUGCACAGACAGACCCAGCCCUUGCUUACCACUUAGAAUUUGCAAAUAAAAAUGAAAAAUACACGUCUCCUGACAUACAGAACGAACUCUUAGGUUUAUGUGCUGAUCAGGUAAUUAAAAGAAUUAUAACCAGGUGCAGGAGUUCUAAUUAUUUUGCUAUAAUGGCGGAUGAAGCAACUGAUUGUUCUACUAAAGAACAACUUUCAGUGUGCAUACGUUUUAUUGCUCGGAAUGAGGGAAAGCACGAGCUGCAUGAAGAAUUCAUAGGUUUUGUUACGUGUCCUUCUAUAAAGGGGACUGCCUUGGCACAGGCAAUAUUACAACAUGUACAGGAUUGUGGACUGGACAUUUUAAAGCUAAGAGGCCAAUGCUACGAUGGCGCUGGGAAUAUGGCCGGGAAAUAUAAUGGUGUUCAAGCUUUAAUUAGAGAGCGUGUACCACUUGCAAGCUAUGUGCACUGUAAAUCGCACUGUCUUAACUUAGCGUUGGUCCACACAUCGAAACUUCAGUGCGUCAGGACAAUGAUGAAGACAGUUCAAGAUAUUACCUUUGCAUUUUCUUACUCGGGCAAACGGUUAGAAGCAUUUGCAAAUGAAUUAGCGGAGGACGCCGUCACACGUGAGAAGUUGGAAGGUCGCCAAAAGCUUAGGACGCUCUGUGAAACAAGAUGGACGAGCCGGACAGACGCACUGAUGACGUUUAGGAAGUCCUUCCCAGUUGUAGUACAUGCUUUGGAAACGCUCGAGGCAGACAAUGACGAAAAGGCAGGAGAGCACGUUAGAGCCAUACUGAGGUUCGAAUUCAUCAUCACGCUUGUGACUUGCGAACAUAUACUGAGUUCUCUUGUUGGCUUGACAGCUAUACUUCAGCAGGUGGACAUGGAUUUGGUGGAAGCUGUUCGGGAAGCUAAUGUGGUAGUUAGUUUACUACGUGCAGAACGAGAAGACGAGGCUGUGUUUGACGAAGUAUUUCAGAAAGCUGUGGAUAUUGCAUCAGAGUUUCAGAUUGGCGCCUGUGUUCCCCGUCAGAAUAUGAACCAACGUAACAGGGCCAAUUACCAGAUAGCGGAUCCAAAGGCCUACUGGCGGGUAGCCCUUUAUUACGUAUUUCUGGACCAUUUGAUUCAAGAGAUUACAGAUCGGGUAAUGAGCAACCAAGACCGUUUCUGUGCCCAACUUCUGAUUCCAUCAAGGUUGGAUGAGUUAAAUGAUGAUCACGUUAAUGCAAUUUACGCUACGUUUGCGCAGGAUAUUGCCUCAACAAGAGAAUCAUUCGGUGGGGAGAUUCAACGCUGGAGAGUCAGAUGGGGUCAAGCCAAUCUACUCAGACCAAGCACACUACUUUCAACAUUAGAUGUCACUUCUAAGGCGGCUUACCCUGGAAUAUACCUUGUUUUAUCAGUACUGGCUACAAUGCCUGCUACAUCUGCUUCAUGUGAACGUUCUUUUAGUUCAAUGCGUAGAAUCAAGUCGUACCUAAGAAGUACCAUGACAGGAGACCGCCUGUCAAACUUAGGAAUUCUUCACAUUCACAGGGAAAUAGAAAUUGAUAUUGAUGAAAUAAUCAACAGUUUUGCGUCCGUGAAAUGUAGAAACUUAGAUUUUGUCUAAGAUUACCUUACGCAAAGGACAUAUUGUGACAGGUACCGUACAUACUUUGAAGUGCGUAUACAGGUUAUAUUCCAGUUGAAUAAUUAUUGGAAUUCAUCUGUUUAAUAGUAAUAAAUUCCAACAUUUAAUCGGUAAAUAACAUUCAGCAAAAAAUAAACGGAAUUUAUUUGUUUUGAUGAAUAUGGAAUAUCACAUCGGGAACUGAUACAAUUUUAACAUUUUACCCGCGCUACGUGCUCGUUUAUUAAAAAUAUUUAAUUGCAUCACCUCUCGAUGAGAUAUAUUCCAUAUCCACUCUAAAUAAAUAUCGUCAACAAAUUACAUUUUAAGAAUAAUCCUAACUAUGAUGAACGCGUAGCAUCAGUUCAUUGCAGCAUCAUACAGAACGUCAGUUACAAUUACUUUUACACUGUCACCACAAAGCAUUUUCAUCAAAAUUUUGAUUUUUGUUUGUGUUUUUGUUUUUUAUACUGUUGAUGCACUAAUAAAAGUGAAUUUUUGAAACUUUGAUGAUAAAAAUAAAUCUUUUUUUCCCACAAAAUCACAUGAUAUUUCUAUCGUCACGUGAUAAUUUAACAUGUGAUUUUAAAUCCAAUCAAAUCGCUGUGAGGAGUUUA